AUGUCAAGCUUAUUCUUCUCACGCUUACAACACAUCAUCAAACCAAUAACAAAAUCAUUAACUCAAUCAACUCAUAAUGUAAAUUUAAACUUAACAAAACCUUUCAUCUCAAAUCAAUUCAUCAAUCAACAUCAACUUAAUCUUGGUCAUAGAGGUAUGAAAGUUAGAUCAAGUGUUAAAAGAAUCUGUGAUGGUUGUUCAGUUGUUAAAAGGAAAGGAAGAGUUUAUGUGAUUUGUUCUAAAGAUCCAAGACAUAAACAGGUACUAGUUUUCACUUUUGGGUGUUUUGGAUUGAUUUGA